CUGUCCUGCUCUCUCUCUCCCACAAAACAACACACAACUAAAUAAGUUAGCAAGCAGUGGCGUGAGUACUUUCCACUCCCGCUCAUCUUUUUUUAAAAAUCGUUGUAAACACACUCGUAUCAUCCCUGAACGCGCGAGGAGGACGCUGAGGUGGACCACCUGAUCCAGGGAGUGGGAUUUAUUUUCCUUCUGCAUUCCUGAUGGAGUCGUACAGAGUGACUGGCAUUCCUAACAGCGGACCACAGCGGGGCCACACUCAGCCGCCCCGCCCCUCCAGGCCCCACAGCAAUGGAGCUGGUACAUACGGUCUCAGCAUCCGUGUCCAGGGUAUAGAUGGACACCCCUAUGUAGUGCUCAACAACCAGGACAAGGGUCCUCAAUCCUUUAUGGACCCGAACAGUAAUGGGUACAUUGACACAGAGGGCUCUUUUAUUGAGAACUACCAGGAGUACGAUUUCAGGGGAGGAAAGGAGGCUGGAUCCAUCAGCCCCUUCAUGGAGUACGGGUCUCAGAAGAUGACUCAUUACACUGGUCCUCAAAAUGGCAUCGCAGAUUCACAAGGGAAGAAACCAUCUUCCCUUCUGAACUUUCAGAAGCACCCUGAGUUACUGCAGCCGUAUGAUCCCGACAACAACUCCCUGACCCUUGAUGGUUUUCAUAGCCUGCCUGCAAGGCCUCUGGCUGAGACUGGGAACCAACAGCACAGUUCCUCCUCCAAAUCGGCUGUACCUGCGCUGUCCAAUGCCAUGUCAUCAAGCCUGGACAGGAGCAAAGCUCCUGAGCAGCAAGAGAGAGGGCAACUUCCAUCCCAGAGCCUGGCUGAGAAAGCCCUUCCUAUGCCAAGGUCACAGCCCCAGGCUUUGCCUUCAGCCCAUCCGGCUCCGUACCAGACCAGGCCGGAAUCACUCGUGGCUCAGCCGCGGUCCAAACCACGUCUUGCCAACCUGAAAGCACCUCAGUCCAAGCCAGCCUCUAAAACGCAGCAGCAGCCAGUGUCUCCAUCUGAGCCUCAGCCCUCCGCUGUGUUUCGUCCCACUGAACAAAGCAAGAGAUCGUCCCAAUCCCCCACUUCGAUGACCAGCAUCAACUCCAGCCUAGAGCGCAACCGCCGUGCGCCGGAUGUCCUUCCCCUACGCAGGACCGACUCCAGCGGGCCAGUUCUUCAAUCCACAUCGCGUUCCCGCACCUCCUCCUUAUCGUCCACCUCUAAGACUCUGAUGGAGGAACAAAUGGACUUCAUGAACACGGACACCAUCAAUCGCCACGAGAACCGCCGCUACAUCCCUUUCUCUGCAGGUUCAGGCAGAGACAUCGACAGAGGCUCCAUUCCGGGUGUCGAUGAACUCAUCGAGAAGUUUGACGCCAAAGAUGGCAGCCCCCAGCGCAGGGGGAGGUUUGGCCGCAGAAACAGGAUCAAUCCGGACGACAGGAAGCGCUCACGCAGUGUGGAUAGCGCCGUCGGCCUACAAGAGGGCUCCACGUACGCGGACGGGUUUAUCCGCCAGCGAGGCACGUCGAUGGAGCACGUCCUGCGGCCCUCGCAGCUCCGGCUGCAGAGAACGAGCGGCAGUCAGGACUCUUGGCUCACGUCUGUCGAUGGUAAGGGCGACUCGAGGGCUUCAACUCGUGUCACCAGCGCGCCCGGCUCCCCUGGCUCCCCUCGGAGCCCCAUCUUUAAAAGUGCAGGGGCCAUACAGGGUUACAAGCCACAAACUCGCACCUCUUCAGUAAAAUUUAAGAGCCACAAAAGCGAGGACAGUGCCUCAUCAACUGGAAAGGUUUCGUCAACAUCGCCGUCAACGCCUCCAUCCAGGCCUUCUUCCACCUUGGACAACAAGUCCAAUACAGAGCCAGAUGCUCAGGCGACACCCGAUCUUUUGAAAGGUCAACAGGAGCUUUCACAACAAACACACGAAGAGACAGCCAAACUCAUUUUGUUCAAUUACCUUAAGGAUGGAAGCACUGAUAAUGACGCCACGACAAAGAGAAAGGUCAACCUCGUCUUUGAGAAGAUUCAGACGUUGAAGUCUCGGGCCACAGCGAGCGCACAAGGCGACAUCAAGUCUCUGGACUUUGGUGCACAGACCAAAGCUAUUCAGGAGCAAAAUGAGGAACUGGGGAAAGAAAUGGCCGAACUGAAGAGACAACUCGAGGACCAGACCACGAAGAAUCAGGCGGACAAGAGGGCAGUAGCCGGUUUGAAGAAGCUGCAGCAGGAGCUGGAGCGCGGUGCAGGGGAGUGCAAGCGCCUGAAGGAGAAGCUGUCCAGAACCGAGCUGGAGCUGCAAGCCACAGUGGAAGAGCUGUUCCAGGUGAAGAUGGAGAGGGAGCAACACCAGACAGAGAUCAGAGACCUGCAGGACCAGCUGUCAGAGAUGCAUGACGAGCUCGACUCAGCCAAGAAGUCAGCCGCAGACGAAGAGAGAGAGAUCAUUAUGGGGGACAUGAUGCAAAUGAGGGUGGAGAUGCAGGAAGUUCUCCAAGCCAAGGAGGAUCAGGAGGAGCAGCUCAGGAGAAGAGAGAGGGAGCUCACAGCUCUAAAAGGAGCCUUGAAGGAGGAAGUGGCCGCUCAUGACCAGGAGGUGGACAAGAUGAAGGAUCAGUAUGAGGAGGAAAUAAGCAGGCUGCAGACAUCUUUGGUGGAGGCCAAGCAGAGCAGUGCAGCAGUGGGCCGCGAGAAGGCCGAAGUGGAGGCAGCCAAGGGUGCAGUGGAGGGCCAAGCAGGACGCCUGACCCUGGAGGCCGGGCGGCUGCACAGGCGCGCACAGGAGCUGGAGAACGAGGUGGCCAAACUCAACCGCAUCGUCGAUGAGGCCAAACUACAGGAGAGCAAGCAGGGCGACAGAGCCGGCCGACUGGAGAAAGAGAAAAAGCUCUUGGAAGAAUCUUUGGCUGAAAUUGAGGAGCAAGAAGAGGAGAUGUCGCGUGCCAAUCGAGCGCUGACCAUUCGGUUGGAGGAUGUGCAGAGGAACUUUUCCAAACUGUGCACUGAACACAAUCACUUGGAAGGGAGGUUAAAAGAAGAGAGGACUCAGAAGGACCAGUACAAGGACAUGAAGAAUGGCAUUGAGGAUGAGAGGAAGAUGCUGGACCGCACGGUGGAGAAACUUCAGAAGGAGAUGAACGAUAUCGUGGUGGCGUCCGAGUCUUCCACUCUGGAGCUCCAGGAGCAGAUCGAUAUUUAUAAAGCGAACAACCGUCGGGAGCUGAGCGAUCUGCAGAAGCUUCUGAAGGAGCGAGGACAGGAGUUGGAUAAGUGCCUACUGACGACCAAAACCCUGUAUGGAGAGUUGUCAAACCGGGAGGAGGACCUGCGGCAGUGUAGGAGUGAACGAGACGAGGCCGUGCUCAAGGAGACGACUCUGGAGAAAAUGGUCCAGGAUCUGGAGCUGGAGGCCAACAAAAAGGCCAACGCUAAAGAUGAAAAAUCUCGACAAGUCAAACACUUAGAGGACAGGAUCGCCCAGCUGGAGUUGGACCUGGAUGAGGAGCGUCAGAGUGGAGACCAGCUGAUGAGCAGGAUAGACCGGGGAAGAGAGCAGGUGGAGCAGAUGAGGAAUGAACUCCUGCAGGAGAGGGCUAGCAGACAGGACCUGGAGUGUGACAAGAUGGCUCUCGAGAGACAGACCAAAGAACUGAAGAGCACAGUGGCUGAUUUAGAGGGCUCCCACAAGUCCAACAAAGAGGGCCAGCUAACCCAGCUGGAGACUCGCAUACAGGAGUUGGAGGCGAGGCUGGAGGGGGAGGAAAGGGAGCGCGCCAACCUGCAGCUGGUGAACCGCAGGCUAGAGAGGAAGGUCAAAGAAAUGAUGAUGCAAGGUGAAGAAGAACAUCACUCUAUUCAAGAUCAAAAGGAUCAAUUGAAUCUGCGCCUUAAGGCCUUAAAAAGGCAGAUGGACGAGGCGGAAGAAGAGAUCGACCGACUGGAGCACAGCAAGAAGAAGCUGCAGAGAGACCUGGACGAGCAGCAGGAGGCCAACGAGCAGCUCCAGAGCCAACUCAAAGCUCUGCGGAGUGACCUCAGGCGUAAGAGCACCUCCGCUCCGCUGCUCAACGCUCUGGACGACGACGAUGACGACGACACCAGCACCGACGGGGAGACGUACUUCAGCUCGUCACUGGGGUACAAGCGCUCCUUGAGUCAGGAAAACAUCUUGUCCACCUUCACGCUGUAAACAAACCCCGGGCCGGAGGAGGAAGCUGCUUUACAUGCAUCACCGUUGGGCUAAGCCGCUGGAGAUCUGUGCCGUGUGCGCUUUGAAGAAAACUGUAGAUAUUACACUGAACCAUCCGUGUGAUUAAUUAUGUGUACAAUCUUGAUGCCCAUAUAUUCACUCAGUAUUAUUUGAGCAGCUUUGAGAAUAAAGGAUGAAAUCAUAGAAUUACGUAGAUUUUAAAUGUAUAUACUGUUUAAUUUGGUAUUUUUAUAUCCCCAAAUUAAGUUUUAUGUCAAUCUGCCAGGUUUAUUCUGAGUGGACUUUCCUUGGGUUUCACAUGAUUAUCCGAGCAUUAGUAAACUUGAAAACGCACUCGUUGAUGUAAAGCGACGCAACCAGUACUGCCUUUGUGAACAAUAUGAAGUUCUUAACCCUCAGUUUGUAUGCCUAUGAAGAUUGUUACAUUUACCUGCAGUAUAUGAAUAUUCAUUUUUAUACCAUUCAGUUAACUGAAAUAUAUUUGCCUUUUCUUUUUUUUAAAGAUCAAAUCCGAGUAUAUGAAGUGAUGAGUGCCAGGAUGUUUCUCUUAUUUAUUCACAGUUUAAUACACAAUAUCCUGGUUUUAGAGAACAAUAAAUGAGGGACUUUGUGCACAUCCAUUUUCAUACAGUUUUAUAUGGUUUGAUACAAAUAAUUGAUCCAUGAAAAUAUUAUCAACAUGCAUUUUUUUUUAAAUUUUAGAACACCUUACUCCAAAUAUUAGUAAAAUCACAUUAUUGCUUUAACAUCUAUUAGAAAACGCUGCUUUGUGCAAUCAUGUGACAAUAUCUAAAAUAACUUUCUCUUGUCUUUUCUGUGAUUAUUGAAUCAGACUUCGAAAAGUUACAGCACUGAACAAGCCACAUAUCAAAAAACACUAAAUCUCUGAAGACGUUUUUGUACCGAAAACACUUUGAUUUAACUUCUAGCUUUGGUGGUUUCCCUCCUGAGUGAGGCAGUGUUGUUACUGAACAUGGUUUAACUUUGUGUUUAAACUCGUACAUGUGCAAUUGAAUUGUGCCACUGUGCACAUAAAACAUUGCAAUUCCGAGUACAUGUGCCUCCUCUAAUUUUUUUCUGACCUAAAUGAGGGAAUUUCUUCAGAUGAGAUAAACUGACUUUGAUGUUUUGCUACACUGUGAUAAUUUCCACUCUCUGUUGGCUCUUUGCUGAAUAGUGUGACAACUGUGGAGUGGACAACUCGCUGCCACUUCCUCUCUGUACGCAUCUGUAUGUUCAUCAAUCCUGCUGAGGCUAAAAUAAAGUUACUUCCAGUUACUCUCAAA